AAGAAACUAGAAAGUAUGGAUUUAGUCAAAUCAUUGAACAACUCACCUAUCAUUAUGUGAGAUUUAAUAUUACAAAUCUUGAAAUACUUUACUCUAACAUUGCAUGAAUUCUUACACUCCCACCUGCAAAAAGGAAACGUGAGAUUUUGAAAUUCAUGUAUUCUACCUUAGAUUUUUGGGUCGAGCUCAAAUCGAGUUAUGAAAGGUUUUGUUCGAGUUUGGCUCGUGCAUCUCCAACCUCACUUAGUAAAUGUAAGAAACAAGGUUUGUUGAGCUAAGCACAACCUUGAUUUGAUGAAAGAAGGUAAUAUAGAAAGUCAUUGGCUUAAAGCCACAAAAAAACAUGAACAGUCUUCACUUUCCUAAUUCCUUUACUUAACUCUCUCAGUCAGUCAGAUCUUCUUCCCCCAAAUUCCCAAGUCAAACCAACUCAAACAACAACAAUGUCGACCCGCUACCUCCUCCUCCUCGCCCUCACCGCCUUCCUCCUCGCCUCCAAUCCGGCUUCAGCCUCCUCCUCCGCCACCGACGACGACGACGACGAGGACCUCACCUUCCUCGAAGACGACUCCUCCUCCUCCUCAUCCCCCGCCCAUCACUACCCCGAUUCCGACCACUUCGACGACGACGACGAAGACUUCGCGGGCGAAGGCGGCGGCGAUUUCGAGAACUACGACGAUCUCGACGGCGGCGGCGACUCCGAUCCCGACGCCUACUACAAGGCUCCCGAGGUCGACGAGAAGGACGUCGUCGUUUUGAACGACGGCAAUUUCAGCGAUUUCGUCAAGGACCGGAGGUUCGUGCUCGUGGAAUUCUACGCUCCCUGGUGCGGCCACUGCCAGUCGCUGGCGCCCGAGUACGCGGCGGCGGCCACGGAGCUGAAGGGGGAAAAAGAUGUGGCGCUGGCGAAGGUGGACGCCACGGAGGAGAGCGAGCUGUCGCAGGAGCACGAUGUGCAAGGGUUUCCCACUCUGUAUUUCUUCGUGGACGGGGUUCGCAAGCCUUACCCUGGCCAGAGGACCAAGGAGGCGAUUGUUACGUGGAUUAAGAAGAAGAUUGGACCUGGAAUCUCCAAUGUCACCACAUUGGAUGAUGCGGAGCGGAUUUUGACUUCCGAGAGCAAAGUCGCAUUGGGUUACCUUAACUCCUUAGUGGGUCCUGAGAGUGAAGAGCUGGCUGCUGCUUCAAGGCUUGAAGAUGAUGUUAACUUCUAUCAAACUGUUAACCCGGAUGUCGCAAAGCUUUUCCAUCUUGAUGCUAAAGCUAAACGUCCUGCCUUGGUCAUGAUUAAGAAGGAGGACGAGAAACUGAGUUAUUUUGAUGGGAAUUUCUCCAGGUCUAGCAUAGCCGAGUUUGUAUUCGCGAACAAGCUUCCUCUGGUUACCAUUUUCACCAGGGAAAAUGCUCCAGCAGUUUUCGAGAGCGAAAUCAAGAAGCAGCUAAUUUUGUUUGCCAAUAAAAAAGACACGGAGAAAGCGCUCGCACCAUUCCAAGAAGCUGCUAAACUGUUCAAGGGAAAGCUCAUUUGUGUAUAUGUCGAUAUGGAAAAUGAAGAUGUUGGGAAGCCUGUCUCUGACUAUUUUGGUAUCACAACUUCCCCCAAGCUUAUUGGAUACACUGGCAAUGAAGAUACAAAGAAAUUCAUAUUCGACAAGGAAAUUACUGUGGAUAAUAUUAAGGCUUUUGGACAGGACUUCAUUGAUGACAAGCUCAAACCAUUUUUCAAGUCUGACCCAAUUCCAGAAAAUAAUGAUGGAGAUGUCAAAAUAGUGGUUGGGGAUAACUUCGAUGAAAUCGUUUUGGACGAGUCAAAAGAUGUUUUCCUUGAGAUCUAUGCACCUUGGUGUGGUCAUUGCCAAGCUUUGGAGCCAACCUACAACAAACUUGCUAAACAUUUGCGUGGCAUCGACUCAAUCGUCAUAGCCAAGAUGGACGGAACAACGAACGAACAUCCCAGGGCAAAGUCUGAUGGUUUCCCCACGCUUCUUUUCUUCCCUGCCGGAAACAAGAGCUUCGAUCCGAUAACUGUAGACACAGACAGAACUGUGGUAGCGUUUUACAAGUUCAUCAAGAAACGCGCAUCGAUCCCCUUCAAGCUUCAGAAGCCAGCUUCUACAACGAAGCCAGCAUCCGAAUCCGAGACUGAAGUUCAGGAAACCAGCAGCAGCACAAAGGACGCAAAGGACGAAUUGUGAGGAGGUGGAAACUUGUACCGACUAUCGAAUACACCAGUGUUUCCUUAAUUUAUGUAUCUGUGCCAUCAGUGUAGGCUAAAAGAGGAAGAGUAGUAUACAGAACCUGUGAAGAAAGCAAGCAAUCCAAUUGUGCCGCAGACAUAGUCAAACUCUGUUCAGGGCCCAAGAUGGAAGCGAAGAAAGAUUCGAAAAGUGGAAACUUACCGACAGACAUUCGAGUUUUGGUUUCUCCUUCCAAGUUUUUGUUCUUCUCAAUCCAGUGCUUCAUAGUGUGUAAACUGUUUAAUGAUCGUGUUAUGCAUCUUGGUACGUAACUAAAUUAGAAGAUGAAGUUAGUAUUGUUAGGUUUGAAGACUGAAACAAGGAACAGCAGCUAAUACAUUUGCCAAUCCUAAGCAAGUUUGCAGGUUGAAAUCAAAUAUGGAUGAAGCAGAAAUGGGUUUUGGAGAUUAGGAUCUUUUCUAAUCCAAUCAAAGCCAUUGAUAUUACUGGAAUAUUGUUAAGUCUGUUGUUUCAACUUACUAUCUCAGGUUCCAUCAGUUUGCAGCAGCAUGGCUUAUAAGUGGUCGCAUUCUUUCCCAUCACCGAAUUUGAUGAGGCUAGCAUAUAGAUACAAAGGAAAUGAACUUAUUAAUCUUUUAUCAGCAGGUAAUUUCAACAAAUUUACUUUAGAUCUAUCCUUAUGGUUUGCCAAUCUAACUAUGAACCAUCACCUGGCUGCAAAUGACUUCAGGUUUCUGACAUGGCUGCUUCCCUACAGAAAGGCAAGAUCCACAUCCUUAGCUAAUAGCUUCCCAAUUUCAAGAUGGCAUCAACACAAUUAUAUAUAUCAGCACCUGAUGAAAGUAACUUCACUUCCUAUGUACUGCUGCUUGGCACUGUUAUAUUCGAUGGGGAGAUUUGUAUAUCCCGUAGCUUAGGCAGCACACUAGUACUGUCUCCCAUUUGUGUUUGUAUUCUAAUCACAAUUGCAUGUUCAUUGAGUGGGGUUUGCAACAGAUCAGAUUAAAAUGCUAACCCCCUC